AUAUAUGAAACAUAUAAUAUAAGCGAUGAGGUGCAGGGAAAGUGCCAGGCUAUUAUGCCGUUGGGUAUAUAAGGCUGGGACGUAGAAAACGAAGCGGUUCAGUCAGUGGUUCAGCGCCGCACUAAAAACACACGUAAGCCGCAGAAUGAAAAUGAAGAUUCAAUUAGCCCUUGUGGCGCUCUUGGCACUCUCUCAGAGUACCUGGGUGUACUGCGAGGAGACAGCUGCCUCGAAGAAGCUAGAAGAUUCAUCAGUGGAGGCUGCAGAAUCCCUAGUGGAGAAGAAGACGGAGAAACGCGGACUCGGUCACAGUUACGGAGAUUUGGGGAGUAGUUAUGGGGGUGGAUAUGGGGGUGGUUACGAGUCACAUGGACACGAGGAGCACGUUAAAACCGUGACAAUUGAAAAGAAAAUUCCAGUGCCGGUUGAAGUAACGAAACAUGUACCUUAUCUGGUGGAGAAGCCAGUGCCUUACGAGGUCAAAGUCGGUGUUCCGCAACCCUAUACCGUGGAGAAGCACGUUCCAUAUCCUGUUAAAGUAUUCGUAAAAGUACCUGUUCACGUGCCUCAGCCGUACACUGUUGAGAAAAAAGUACCAUACGAAGUUAAAGUACCUGUUGAUAGACCAUACGAGGUCAAGGUUCAUGUGCCUCAGCCCUACGUAGUUGAAAAGCACGUUCCAGUACCGGUCAAGGUACCCGUUCCACAGCCCUACACAGUUGAAAAACACGUGCCUUAUCCCGUCAAAGUGAAGAUUCCAGUACCAGCGCCCUAUCCAGUGGAGAAACCAGUGCCUUAUGAAGUCAAGGUACCAGUUGACAGACCAUAUCCAGUACAUGUACCAAAACCAUAUCCAGUUACUGUUGAAAAACCCUACCCAGUACCUGUUGACAAACCAGUACCAUAUGAGGUUAAAGUACCUGUUGACAGACCAUAUCCAGUUCCCGUAGAAAAACCCUAUCCAGUACCAGUCAAAGUACCCGUACCACAGCCCUACACCGUCCACAAACACGUACCAGUACCAGUUGAGAAGCCCUAUCCAGUGCCGGUUAAAGUACCUGUUGACAAGCCAUACUUUAUUGAGAAAGAAGUACCAGUACCUGUUGAAAAAGAGGUGCCUGUUCCCGUCAAAGUUCCAGUUCAUGUACCUGUUCAUGUGCAUCACGAAGAGUAUCACGGUGACAUCGGUGGUGGUGAUUUUGGGGGUGAUCACGGCGGUUUCCAGCCUUCCUAUGGGUCUGAAGGUGGCGAGUACCAUCAUCAUUAAUAAAAAUUGUCGUUACUCUUUAUUGUUAAAUUAAAAAAUUUAAGAGCUUCUGUACCUUAAUCAAUUCUCACUGUUAUCUGGAAGAUUUUGUUACAUGUGAUAAAUAUUUUCAUGUACUGAAGAAUGUGGGAGGUAAUUCAACUCCUCCUUCGUGUCGCCCUUAUCUCAAUUAUGUAAUAUAACUCGUAGUAAAACGAUGUGUCAACAAACUGAGCUCCAAAGGAUGAAUUUUAUAUUUUUGUACUAUAAAUAAAUUUGAAUAAAGAUGAAUUAUUCACCAAA